AUGCUCAGUGGCAAUGACAUCUGUGCAUCCGUAGCGGGGACGCCUCCGGUCAUCAAUCCAACAGUUUCCUUACCUUGUCUUCGCUUUGGCCAACUCUGCAGCACCGAAUCACGCAGUGCAUACGUUUCUUUAGCCAUGGAGGCCUUUGAGAUACAUCUGGUUGCAAGAAAGAACCGUAUCAAUGUCAGCUCAAUUAUCCAUUCGGCAACAAGUCAUGUCUGCCCAGCAGAGAACCUUGCAGGUCCACCGAUUAUCCCCAUUAUUGGCAAAUACACCUUUCACGAACUCGCAACCAUAAUCGCCGGCGCAUGCGGGCUUUUCAGCGCACUGAUCUGUGGCUUCAUUGUCGCAGGGCAUGCCACCAACUACUCGUUCCCAGUCCAGCAACGUCAGGUUAUCCGCAUUGUUCUACUGAUCCCAUGGGUUGCGCUGUUUUGCUUCCUUGUCGUGCUGGAAGAAAAAGCCGGGAACUAUCUAUUUGAAGGUCUCGACUUUGGAUGUGCGAUUGCGCUGUCCGCUUUCUUGCUGUUGAUGUGCGAUUUUGUGUUGUCACAUCCAGAGGGAUUCGAUGAUCUGUUCGGUGCAGGUGCAAGGGCCAGGGGCGCGCUCCAGACUAAGGGUCCUGGGUGGCUGAAGCGUAUCUGGUUCGGCGUCCUGCAAUUCAUCCCCACAAGCAUAAUCAUCUGGAUCGGCACCAUCGUUGCCCUUGGUGUAGGCCGGUUCUGCAGACAGUCGAACAGCAUCCACUUUGCGCAUAUCUGGAUCACGAUCUUCAAGUUCAUCGUUACCGCAAUCUCAAUCCUGUGCUGUUUGAGAUUCUACAGCAGAAACAAGCCGAAGUUGCUGCAGCACAAUAUUUUGUUGAAACUCUUUACUUUUAAGAGCAUCAUCGGCUUAAAUGUGGUACAAACUUUUGUAAUCAACAUCCUCGCCGGCAACGGCACCCUAUCUCCUAAUAAAUACAUGACCUACCAAGACGUCAACGACGGUCUCGCCUCGCUGAUCCUCGCUUGCGAAUUGCCUUUUUUCGCUCUCCUGAUGAUUUUUGCUUUCCCAUCAAAGCCGUACAAGAACAGUAAUAGGGCGGCAGGUGCAGGGCCCGUGAAGGCAAUAUUCGAAGCGCUGGACAUUAGGGAUUUGCUUGGUGCAAUUGUGAGGGGCCCGAUGAGGCUAAUCAGGGAGCAGGAGAGGGAGAUGAGGAGGGAGGGGAGUAUCAAGCUUAGGAUCGUGGAUGCGCAGGAUGGGUUCGAGGACACCGCCUACCGCAGGAGCAGCGAGAGGGUUGGUGUGGCUGUUUGA